UGAUACAGAACAUGAGAACAUACAGGAGUGAAACUAAUGAAUUUAUUUACACCACUCUCCCUAUUCUCAUAUAAUUGUUAGUUUGCUGCCCCACCCGAAAAACAAGUAACAAAACAAAAUUAAACAAUCAAAUAGAUUUGAGAAGGACAACUAUCUCUUAACGCGGGCAUAGUUCUAGUCCCUAGUAAGUUUUAUGGAUUCCACCGAAACAAAAACAAACAAUAGCAGCAGCUCUAACAAUGACAACGAUGGGGCUGAUGAGCUCCUGGACGCGGCUUUUGAGGGUCGAGCAAACGAUGCCGUCGAAAUCCUCGCAAAAAAUCCGAGCUCGAUUUUAAUCGGAGAUGCCAUUGGAGAUAGCGCGUUUCAUGUGGCUGCGCGAGCCGGGCAUGAAGACACAGUCUUGAAGAUGAUCGAGUUCCUAAACAAAGACCAUUUGGAUAUUCUUACCAAUGUGCUGUCUGAUGGCAACGCAAAAGGAGACACUCCCUUGCACCUGGCCAUCAAGAACGGCCACACAGAGACCGCUGCGCAUCUAGCUUUCGCAGAUUGCCACGCGGUAUAUCAAGUGAACAAGGAACAAGUUACACCAUAUGCGCUAGCACAACAAGCUGGAUAUGAGAAGUUGCUUAGGCUAAUGGAUAGUCGGGGAGCAAGGCAACACUUCGUGCCUUCUGAUAUAGAAAUGAGACUCGCACGAAUGGCGCUGUCAGACAAUGAUGACGAUGAUGAUGAGGACGAGGAGGAGUGGAUUAGACUCCACAAAGCGGCCGGGAAAGGUAAACAGGACGUGAUCGAGGAGAUCUUAGAAGAGGAUGAAGAUGUAUUACAGCACAAGAAUGAAAUAGGUUGCAAUGCCCUACAUGUAGCCGCAUUUCAUGGCCAAGUUGGAACACUAAAGACAAUAUUUGAAGUUAUGCAAAGCAGUAGCGAGGUGAAAAGACUGAUGCUUGAGGGUGACCGAUGUAAUAACAUACCCUUGCAUUAUGCCAUUGAGGGUGGCCAUGAGAAGACGACAUAUUACUUGGUCGAUAAGGCACCUAGGGCCAUGUAUAAACUCAACCAAGAAGGAGUCUCGCCGCUGUCGCUUGCCGUAGAAAAGGGUCACCGGGAUAUUGUUAAAUACAUGACUACAGCUAAAGUGUCCGCAUCCAUCCGCGAUCGUCUGCUUGAACAUGCCAAGAAGAUCUCGAUUGCGCAUAUUGCGCUCAAGCAGAGGAAUCCAGCUGUAUUGCAAGCAAUAAUGGAGGGGAUACCUGAGCUCAUCAACCUACCAGACAAAAAAGGUUGGAAGCUGCUUUCAUUUGCAGCAUUUGAAGGUUGCCUCGAAGAAAUCUGCUAUAUUCUUAAAAGUUUUCCAGAUUCUAUUACCAAAAAAGAUGAAGAUGGCUCAUUCCCUAUUCAUAAAGCAGUUACCGGAGGUCACGUCAGUAUCGUCAAGAAGUUCAUAUUACAUUGCCCUCAAUCACUCCAUCACGUUGACAAAAGGGGUCGGAAUGUUCUUCAGUUAGCAACUUUAUACCAGAGUAAAGAUGUUCUCGCUUAUUUAAAACAGGAAACACAAUUGACAGGAAAUUGAAUUCAUAUGAUAUCGCAUGGAGAUUAUGAAAAUAAGUAGAUAUGUUUAGAACAAUAUCAAUGUCAUGAUGUGGUAAUUCUAUAACAUUUCUCAGCCAUGUUGCUUCUUCCUUUUUUUUUGUUUUUAUUUUCCCUAGUUCUAUAGCCGGUUAGUUUCCUCAAGCUAGCACCCAAUAUUUAAGUCUACUACCCUACAUUUGUUGUGUUAUCUACUCAGUUUAAAUUUUUUGUCGCCUAUUUUACGUACCACUUUUUGCUA